CCGGAGGGCCGCAGGUCCACGACGACGACGAGGAGCAGGGGCGCUGGUGGAGAGGCCGCGGCGGACGAGAAGCAGGCAGAGCCGAAGAAGAAAAAGGAAAAGGAGUUCGCCUGGAUGGACUCCAGCGAGGACGAGAAGGAGAAGCCUCAGGCCUCCCCGGUCAGGUCGCAGGGCUCCACGAGAGGCCGAAGCCGCAGCCGCAGCGGGGAGCGCGCGGUGCCCAUCGAGCAGGUGCAGACCCUGUCGCAGAUGGCGCGGCUGGCUCCCGAGCUGGAGAAGCGCCUUAGACGUGGCGACGUGCGGUCUCGCGAGCUCCGGGAGGUGGCCGCCGCCCUGUCGCGCUCGCGCUACUUCGACGGCGGCCUCUUCGAGGCCCUGAGCCCCGAGCUGAAGCGCGCCUUUGAGAAGAGGAGGCUGGGCAUGAGGGAGAUCCUUGACAUCGUCUGCGACCUCGUCGAGCUCAACGCGUACGACGCGGGCGUGUUCGAGGCGGCCUGUGCGACGCUGGAGCGGGAGAUCGGCACUGCGCCCGACUCGGAGAAGCUGCGGCUGGAGGUGGCCCUGAAGCGCGUGGGGCACGACGCUGGGAAGCUGGCUGGGCUGCUGAAGGCCCAGCGGAGCGGCGACAACCGGCAGGCUUGCCCGAUGUUCUUCCGCGGGCAGUGCAAGUGGGGGCCGAAGUGCAAGCUCUCGCACGACCCGGAGUCCUUCGAGAGGGCCGCCGAGGAGGGCACGUGGAGGCCCCCGACUCAGAGCGGCGGCAAGAGCGUGGGCUACAAGCAGUCCGCGGACCUGUUCAAGGCCGACCGCUGCGGGGCGCUGUGGUGACGGGGCUCUGGCCGUCCGCGCAGGGCCGGGCCUGCACCUGCGCAGGCGGACGUGGACUACUCCACAUGAGCCAUGCCGCGUGCUCGGGCCGCCAUCGGCGCCGGGCACGGCUGGGCGCGGCGGGGAGCCGAGCUGCUGCGACAGCGCGAGCGAGCGAGGAGGAGGAGG